GCAUUUCUUUUCAUCAUUUUCUCUGUCAUAUUUACUCCGGCUGGUGGUGCCAGAGUCCGGCGUUGGGUUCGCUUGUCAGAAAUUUUGGCUACUUUUUCCACCGGUUAUUUAUAUCCCCCGCUCCCUACCCUUGACCCAUAACGAAGGUUUUUCCUCUAAAAACUCGAGGCAAAGAAAGAAAAGGUCACCAUUUUUUUUCACCAUAUCUUUUUCUGUCUUGCCAAAAAAACACACGCGAGAGAGCCAAAAAAAAACAGAGAGAGAGAGAGAGAGAGAGAGAGAGAGGUGACAGCCUUUGCAUGUUGGCAGGGAGGGGAGAGGACGUUCGGUUGGGUAAGAGAGUGCAGAAAAGAUACCUAACCUAGGUUGUACAAAUUGUACAAACCGCCUUUAUUUGUUACUUUCCGCAAAGUUCUAAUGACUUGCUAAAAUUAUGCAGGAUGUGAGAACCACUUCUUUUCCUUCCUCCCUCCCUCCCUAACUCUCUCUUCAGGUUUUGCUCAAUUUCUCUUUAAAAGAAAGAGUGCUUUAUGCUGGACCCUCUAAACACGCCGGCAAAUUUCAACAGGGACGGUGGUUUUGAUAGAAUGAGCGUGCUAGAACGACAAGAAGCAAUUUGGAUGAAGUGGCAAGAAGAGCAGCUCCACCACCCACCGCCACUACCAUUACAAGUGCGGCAACUGGGACAUGAUUUUUUCAACUCAACUGACCAGCUGAAUGUGUUCUCCUCUCCUGCUCAAGCUCAUCAGCAUUUUCAUGGGUUUAUCACUAACGAUCACCAUUUUUCUGGGCUGCUGACUCCGGGGAUAUUGAAGCAGGAUCCAGAUGUCCAAACUACUACUGGCUGUGAUAAUUUUACAAAUAUUGGAGGGCCAAGUGCAGGGGUUGGGGCUUGCGAGCUUGAAAACAUUACUGGUUUCGGAAUGGAUUACGCAGUCUCGAGGACUGUCAGUUGUCCACCAGCAAUGGCAGCUGCAAUGGCGGAUGUGGCAGCCGCUGCCAGUAAGGGAAGGGAGACUACACUGCCUGAGAAGCUGAGCUCUAGUGCAGGGAGAGAGAGCUUCAAGAAGAGGAAGGCUGACAAGACCCAAAACCAGAAGGAAGCAACAGAACAGGAGGGCAAAGACAAGAGAUCGAGAGGAUGCCAGAAAGAGGAAGAUUCCAAGGUCACAGAGCAAAAAAGCACGAGCAAGAAUACUGCUACAAACAACACUAUCAACAGAGAAGCUUCAGAGACAUCGAAAGAGAACUCGAAGAUAUCUGAGGUUCAAAAACCAGACUACAUUCAUGUCCGAGCACGUCGUGGUCAAGCCACUGAUAGCCAUAGCUUGGCUGAAAGAGUAAGGAGGGAAAAGAUUAGCGAGAGGAUGAAAUAUCUGCAGGAUUUGGUACCAGGAUGCAAUAAGAUCACCGGAAAAGCAGGAAUGCUCGAUGAGAUAAUCAACUAUGUUCAGUCGCUUCAAAGACAAGUUGAGUUCCUGUCCAUGAAACUGGCCGCAAUAAAUCCAAGGCUCGAUUUCAACAUCGACAACAUUUCCACAAAAGAGAUUUUUGCUGUUGGCACAUCUGAAUUACACACAAUUGGUUCAACAUCAGAGAUAAUUAAUCCUCUCAAUUACCCUUUUGAUUCAAUACAGCAAGUGGUUUCAUGUUGCGGAUUGGAAACUGGCGCAGAUCCCUCUGAAAUGGCACUUCGGAGAACCAUUAGUGCCCCUGUGUCAAUCCAUGAAACGCUCAGGGAGUCACCUUAUUUCAGUCAAAUCCAUCCCUCAACAACUUGGGAUGCUGAGUUACAGAGCCUCUACGCGCUGGAGUUUCAACAAGGGAAAUCAACAUCAUUGCUUUCUCAGCCAUGUACAGGUUAUUUAGGAGGCAGCAAUGUAAAGAUGGAGAUCUGAAUCAGAAAAUCACAAAACCCCUUAGAUGAGCUCAAUCUAUCUGUUACCCGUUCUAAUUCUUUUCCUCGUUCAAGUAUAUGAUGAGCAUUUUAUAUGUAUCUCUGCAAGAAAUAAUAUAACCUUAGCAGUAUGUUUUCUGACCACAGCCUUGUAUUCUGCGUGCCACUUUCAGUUUUCUGAAAGUUACAUGCAUAAAAGUUAACCAAGAUUGGUACUAAAAAUUGUGU